UGGCGGCCCCGCCCAGUCUCUUGGAACAGCCGGAGCCGCCACAGCUACAGCCGUCGCCGCAGCUGUGUGGGACCCGCGCCGGUACGCAGACGAAAGGCUCUUUUUCUUUGCUGAAAGUUCCCUCGGGAAAGCUACCAUCUCCCCAGCCCACCAUGGCAGAUGAAAUUGAUUUCACUACUGGAGACGCUGGGGCGUCAAGCACCUACCCUAUGCAGUGCUCGGCCCUGCGCAAAAACGGCUUCGUGGUGCUCAAAGGACGACCGUGCAAAAUAGUAGAGAUGUCAACUUCCAAAACUGGAAAGCAUGGCCAUGCCAAGGUUCACCUUGUUGGAAUUGAUAUUUUCACGGGCAAAAAAUAUGAAGAUAUUUGCCCUUCUACUCACAACAUGGAUGUUCCAAAUAUUAAGAGAAAUGAUUAUCAACUGAUAUGCAUUCAGGAUGGUUACCUUUCCCUGCUGACAGAAACUGGUGAAGUCCGUGAGGAUCUUAAGCUGCCAGAAGGUGAACUAGGCAAAGAAAUAGAAGGAAAAUACAAUGCAGGAGAAGACGUACAGGUGUCUGUCAUGUGUGCCAUGAGUGAAGAAUAUGCCGUAGCCAUAAAGCCAUGCAAAUAGACGGGAACGUCGGGCGUGAGCAAACUGCUUAGGUCUGGGUCACCUGCAGAUCUCAAGUGUGGUUCUAAGUCGUCACCAAAGCCAUGGCCUUCAUAAACAACCUCAUUUACCUUUUCAUUGUUUUGAAAUUGUGCCGAGUUAGUUUUGCUGACAGUUGGUAAUUUAAAAGAAUAACGAAGGUGUAUAAUUUUUUAAAUUAGUUUGUAGGUAUUUUUCCUGUAACAUUCCUGUGGUUUUUCAGUAUGUGAGUCCAAGAAACAGACAAGGUAGUUUCAAUAGAUGUGAUUUGUCCAAGCAAUCAUUCCUGAAUUUUAGUUAAAUGAUAAAUAAACCAGGGUUUUCAAUCAAAUAAUGUAGCAUCUAGUGGUAUUAAAGUACCACACUUAAGUUGGAUUGCUCUGCAUUAGUUUCAGAUGUAAUAUCACAGAGUAAGUAGAUUAUGGAUUGGAACUGUCACCGUUUUAGCCUGUGUGUGGCAAGCACAAAUUCUUAAACAAAAAUCAUGUUAUCAAAAAGUGUUGGUUAUCUUAGUAGCCAUGUGCAGCACCCUGUAUUACCUCAGUCUUACUGUCUUUUGCCAAAUUGUUGGCCAACAUAAUAUAACCUUAGAUAUGGUGAUUUUCAUACCUGCUUGUGGUUGACAGGCAUGAAAUGGUUGGGUAACUGUUAGCAAGUCAUAUUGUGAAGAAGGGACAAGGGACAGUGGUAAAAUGAGUUGGUUAAAGCUACAGGUUUUUAUUUGAGGCCUUUGUAAUCAGCAUAAAAUAGAAAAGUUUUGAGAUGUACUUUUGCUUAUAACUUUCAUACUUUUUCUCCCUCUCUCCCUUCCUCUCCCCCUCCUCUUUGUCCCUCUGUGUAUUUAAAGGAGUGACCUGCUUUAUAGGAUACUAUGCACUGCUUUUUAUCAAUUAGGUUGAUAAAUGUUAUUUAUAGUAGUCAUUUCUUUCCAACCAUUUGUAAGUAGACUUUUCAACAUCAAAAUAUUUAUUUGUCAGACAAAAACUGGAAUUCUUACUUCAAAUUGAUUUGGAACAUUUGUUAAAUGUAUGUACAUUUUUUCUAAAGUGAAAUGAAAGUGAAUUAUGGAAGAAAAGGUACUUUAUGUGAUAAUCAUUAAUUUAAGAAAUACAUAUAUGUAUUUUUUCUGAUUGUCAUGUGUAAUUCAGUUGUCAUAUGAAAUAUAACUAGGAAAGAUUUCUAUAAAUCUGAAUUAUUUUAAAAAGUGUUUUAGAUGACUUUACUACAUUUCUCUUUAGUUGUUUGAGUCAUAUAUACCUUAUUUCCAGAAUUCUAAAUAUUGUCAUAGGGUUUGUGAGGACCUUUGACUCAAUAACAAUGAUUAUACUGGAGUGAAACUUAGGAAAAAGUUACUAUUUGAGCAGUACCUUCAUUCUCUAAGACUGAUUGUGAGGCCUCUCCCAUCAUGCCUUGACUUGCACAAGACCUUUAUUCCUAUAUGUGAUGUUGCAGCUAAUCUAAUCAGUGACUAGAAACAGCAUUAGAAACAGACGAUCCCAAAGUUUUAGGUUACUUAUUGCUCAUACUUUUAAAUCUUGUGUUAGCCUCAGCAAACCUAUUUGGAGAAGAAGCAAGAUACUUUAAGAAAAUAUAAAGAGAAUUCUAAAGCACAAGGAAUAUUGAGGUUGUAGUUCAAUCAUUUUAAUGUAACAUUUAGCUUCUGCCCAUCUAAAGCACAAUUAGGAAUUAGGCUACAUUCUUACCAGUAUUCCAUUAAUGUUCUAGUUUUUUAAUAGUUUAUAAUGUACAUCUCACUUGCUACUGGUUGGCAUAUUAUCCACAGGAAUUCUAGAAAGUUAUCAAUCUGUGCUGCUUGCUGGUCAUGUGUAUGAUCCCAGUUAACCAUACUAGUGUUUUGAUUUUAUUAUUAAAUCUGGAUCAGCAUGCCCUUGUUAUUCCUAACUCCUCAAACUUCACAUAAAUAUAUUUUCAAUUGUGAAUUAAGCAUAUGUAAAUUAUAAUGCAUCCCUAUCUUCAUACCUUGAAUGCCAAAAGCUAUUUAUGCAUAAAUAUUUCAUUUUAAGUACUAUAAAAAGUAUAAAUACUCUUCUGACAUAUAAGUAUAGAUUUUAAAGAUAUGGGACUGUAUGUGUAUUUUUGCAUAAGUAAAUACACUUCUCUAGAACAAAAUAUUUCACUUAGUAAAGCUUUAUAAACUGUAUUAAAAAGAAGCAGGGAAACAUUUUUUAACAUAAAACAGAAGUGACUUCAUUCUUUUUUGACAUCAGAAAUGUUAAAAGCUGAUUCCUAGCAUUUGUUAAACAUUUUUGUAGCAAAUGGUAAAUAUCACAACUUGCCAAGUAUAGAAUGUAGAGACUGUCAUGUUGAUAGAUUACACAGUGGUACACCAUUUUUGUCUGCAGGCAUUUCACCAAUUUAUAUACGACAGUGAUUUUCAACCUUUUAUCAUCUCGUGGCACACAUAAGCUGAUUACUAAAAUUCUGUGGCAUGCUGAUAAAAUUUUUUUUUGCUAAUCGACAAAAAAAAUAGGUAUAAUUUUGAUUCAU